GUGAGGUCUUACGCAGCUCCAGGCCCAGCAGUUUCCAGACAGAUCUCGACCAUGGCAGUCCUGGGCUCCACACUGCUGUCCCUGUGCUUCGGCACGCUGCUCAUUUCUGCCAGCUCUGCAGAUUACCCUGACAGAUGCAUGUCCUUCAGCACGGUCUUCCCCACCACCGGUCCAGGCAUCAAGAUCAAUUCAAACAUCUAUGAAAGCAACAGAAUCUACACAAUAUCGGUGCCUGUGGACAGCAGCACCAACUCAGUGGUCCUGCGAGCGAUGGACACAAACAACAACAGCUCAAUAGGCCUCUGGCAAAGAGCAGACCAUUAUUGCAACGGCAGCGUCCUCUAUCAGCGUCUGGACACACGUGAAGGUUUCUUCAAGGCCAACUGGCAAUCUCCUCGUUUCACGAACAUUACAGUGGAGAUACAAGCCUUUGUUAUCAAUGUCAACAGAGUGGCCACGUUUUCUUCUCUGAAACUGAAAAACCAAGGUUCUGAUGUCCUUUUUUUCCCCAGCAAUGAUCACAACAUCACCCUCCAUGACCUCCAUGACUUCCAUGACCUCCAUGACCUCCAUGACCUCCAUGACCAGGCCGACCACAACCCGAAGCCCAACGACAAACCGAUUCCCAACCACAGCCAAAACCGCAACCUCAACUCUAACCACAACCAAAAGCUUCGCCAACAGAAUCUUCCUCAGCCCCAUCACAGAUGCCAUCCAGAUCCUGCUUGUCUUCCUCACCAGCAAACUCCUCUUCUAAAAGUUGUUCCUGCCUCUGCUACAUCCUCCUGCGUUCAGUUCCAAGCCAGGGCUCCGUCAUGUGUGUGAAUGAAGGCCUCAUGUUCUCAAAUGUACAGCUCUCCUGCCACUGCUUUGGACCAAAGAGGAGACUUGGUUGAGAGUAGCCAGUUCACUCACUGGUGGACUUGGGGCACAUAGAUGUUCAACUAAAUCUUUCAGGCUUUUUGUAACUACUUAGAGCUGGUCUGGGAGUAACCUGGAAUUCUGGCUGUAGGUUUAACAUGUUGACAGCCAAUUCCAUCGCCAGUCUAAACGUUUGAUCAUUGCCAAAUGAUUCCCCUGAGUCUCUGUGGAAAGAACCUUUCCUCACUUUCAAGAUGAUCUUCGCUUUCUGACCAAACCCACCCAGGUAACAGAGUGUGUUGACUCAUGUGACUCCACAGGAAAGGAGAAACAACCCUCAUUCUGCUGGCAACACCAGUAGCAUUAGAAGGGCAAGGAAACAGGAAUGUAUCCUGUCUGAGCAGCCAAAAACAGGGACAGAUUAUGGGAUAAAGGCAUUAUUUUCCGUCAUACCAAAAAAACUAUAUCCCAACAAGAACAAUGUGUUAAAUUCAAAUUCUUUAAUAAGUGAUUACCUUGAAAUACAGAGAAUGUUAUCUAAUUUUAUUCAUUUGUGCAAACAUUAAAAAAUUAAUAAAAUGAUGAGAGUA